AUGCCUACUCCCGAGUCCGAGAACUUCAAGUCGAUGAAGCCCAAGGUCGCCCCCACCUUCAAUGGCGUGGACUUUAGCGACCCCAAGGCCUUCAAGGCGGCCGAAGAUGCCAUCAUCCGCGAGCAAUGGGUCGGCGCCAUGAUGGUCCGUCUUGUUGGCGAGGAGAUGAACAAGUGCUAUAUGCGUGAGGGUGUCAACCACCUCGAGAACUGCGGGCACCUACGAGAACGUUACCUCCAGCUCCUGGCUGCGAACAAGAUCAAGGGCACCAAGUUCCAACAACAAAACUACAUGUCAAAGCAAGACGAGGCGGUCGACCUGGAGGCCAAGGUCCACCCCAUCAACAGGAUCGCUCAGCUCCAGGAGGACCCCAAGGCUAGCUCAUCCGCCACGAUGCUCUGCACACGGUGUCUGCGCACUGCGCUUCCCUCGCAAAACGCCCUGCGAACGGCCACCCGCUACAUCUCCACCUCGCGACCCUUCCUGAGCGAAGCAGCACCGCCACUAUCGACGCCGAUAUCAUCCCCCGGCGAUGCAGCGCCCUCGGCCGCCCCCAAGAUCUCCUCUUGCCCCGAGGGCACGGUGAUGAAGGGCCUCAACUACCUGAAGAACGGACAGGACCCUGUCGCGAUGAAGGACGAGGAGUACCCGGCCUGGCUAUGGGAGUGUCUCGAGGUGACGCAGAAGACGGGGGCAGGCGAAGAGGAUCUGGAUGACGAGUUCUCCAAGUCCAAGAAGAAGCGCAAGCAGGCUAUGAAGCGCAAGCGUGAAAUCGACGAGAAGCUCCUGGCCGAGGGCAACUUUGAGGCGCUCGAGCCCAAGGUGCCGCUGCAGCACCAGUCGGUCAACCUGCCCGGCAAGGAGGGCGGUUCCACAGAGGAGAACCUGGCGGCGAAGAAGGCGAGAGACGAGCUGAUGAGGGCCAUGAGGGUCGAAAGGAAGUCCAAGAUCAAGGAGCGCAACUACCUCCAGUCCAUGUAA